UUGCGACCGAGGGGCUUUUCCAUUGAAAACACAAUCAUUGCGGUGUUUCCAUAGCCACCAAGUCCCAAGAAUGACAAGGGAACCAAAGCCUUUUCUGCAUCUUUUCGCUGAUCAUAGUUGUUAAGGUAAUUUGAUAUUGGUAUGAUAAAUAGUCGUGUAAAUGGAAAGCUAUGCUGUUGGGGUGCAAAUUAAGUCAUUUUUAUUUCAAUUGAACUCUUAAUAAUAAUGUUGGUUAAAAUGGUGAACCUUUCUCUAAGGAAAGGUGAGGAUCAUAUAAACAUGGCCAGUUUUUUUUCUUUUAAAAGGUCAUAAUGAUUGAUUUACCAAAUUUCCCAUUAUUUUUUAUAGCUAAACAUGGAAUAUUUCAUUUUAAAAAAUGGGAAUUCUGAAACUGAUGCAUUCAUCUUCAAUUUGCAUCUACUGGCACUACCACUGAUGGAAUCUGAAUGUUGACCAAUAAGGCAAUAAUGCCCAUUCAGGCAUUUUGCAACUACAGAUCUUGCCAAAUGUGGCUUCCAUAGACUUCUAGCUUCCACAGCUGUGCAUGGCUGCAUGUCAGUGUGUUAUGUGUAUGUAGACAAAGAAAUGCGCGGGUGGAAUUUCUCCUCUUCUGUUUUGGGACCAUCCUUUCCUACCUUGGUUUAAUGAAAAGAAAAAGAACGAUGGUGGUUAAUCUGAAAUAUCUAGUAGCUGGCCCAAGAAUUCAUCAUUUGCCAUUUUUUUCUUUUUUCCUUCUGAGGAGAGAAGCACAACCUGAUAACCAUCAAGCUCAAUAUCUUCCUUUUGGAGCUCAGGCAGAGGUAAGCAGGCACACUUGUGUUAGAAAAUGCACAUAAUUAAGCGCAUUAACACCCUAGCAGACUUGUUAUUCGGGUCUAUAAAGCCUAUGCUACCUACAACCACAGCAGAAAAGCUGGUACAGUCUUGAGACUUCUUGCUAUGAAUUUUAAAACAGUAGACACAUGCAAAUAGGGACAAGAGUCCAAAUUCUCGCACAAUUCAAACACAAGUUGCAUGAUUGCCUUGCCAAAAACCCAAGGGUACCACAAGUGCAUAACACAGAUAAUAAUAACAAUAUAUGAAUAUAUAUAUUAGGUAGGCAAGUUGCACAAGUGUGCCUUUGUCUCUUCCUACCCAACCAUUAUUCAAUAAAGUAUGGUUUCUUACCCAUUCAAACCAUCAAGCAUGACAGUGUAGCAUUCCAAUCAGAACACUUUGGAUUGCAUAUUCACAUUACUUUUUGUACCACUUGAUAAUAGUAGCAUUCUUCUGAGUCCUGAUGUUAAUCUUCAUGUAUUUGUACUAGUUUUUUUAUAAUAGAGCCAUGGGCACAACAAGUGCUGAAAAUUAAACUAUAGCUGCUGUUUUUGUUAAGACCAGAACCGGCAGUAAACCUGCUGGUCCACAAAAAGCUUGGCAUGUCUUAAAAAAAACAAAUAUGCACUGUACUGUGUGAAUGUUUUGUAAGAUAAUCUCGAAACAACGAGAAGGUCGACUUGCAACUCUGCCAACAUCACAGGCGCCACUGUUUCCCUUUCCUUUCCUGCCCAUUUGCUUAGUUAUAUAUCAUGCAGCACUGCUCCAUGUUGGUUAUUACUUGCUCGUGCAUGUAUGAUCUUGCAUGCUACUAUUAAAUAGGGAGGCGAUCUCUUCCUUGUCUCUACUACAACAUGGGAGAGAACAGAAAGAUCAUCCUGCCAGGCUAGCAACGAGCAAGCUACUGCACUGCCAACAGCUUCAUGGUCACAGAGUUGUCUCUGAGGUUUCAAGAGUAAUGGAUGAAACCUUGGGAAAGAGACCCUUGAAUGACCAGAAGGAUACAUUCAUAUACAGGGUGUUUGCAAGUACGUGGAAUGUUGGUGGCAUCGCACCGUCUGAUGAUCUUGGCUUGGAGGAUUGGUUGGGUACAAGAGCCAACUCCUUCGACAUCUAUGUUCUAGGGUUCCAAGAGAUAGUGCCACUGAACGCAAGAAAUGUGCUUGGUCCUAGAAAUAGCUGUAUAUCUACGAAGUGGAACUCACUAAUUGGGGAGGCACUCAACAAAAGGAAAAGAAAAGUAGGGGCAGAGUUGCACCAAGCAACUACUAACACAAGUGCAAUGGAGAGCUCUGCGCAGGUGGAGGGCUUCAGAUGCAUCAGGAGCAAGCAGAUGGUCGGCAUCUUUACCUCGGUAUGGGUGAGGAGCAACCUCAGGCCAUUCAUUCACCAUCUGGAUGUGUCAUGCAUUGGUUCGGGUAUCAUGGGCUGCCUAGGGAACAAGGGUUCCGUUUCGAUUCGGUUCGUGUUGCAUGAGACAAGCCUUUGCUUCGUUUGCUGUCACCUGGCUUCAGGUGGCAAAGAAGGAGAUGUGCUGUUGAGGAACUCGGAUGUCGCUGAUAUACUUGCAAGGACGAGGUUCUCUGGUGGUGCAACGCAGGAAUUGCCAGAGAAAAUCCUUGAUCACGAUCAAGUAGUUUUGCUCGGUGACUUGAACUAUAGGAUAUCCUUGGAAGAGGCCGAGACGUGGUCGCUGGUGAAAGCCAAGAACUGGGCCAUCUUGUUAGAAAAAGAUCAGCUGUUGUUCGAGUUCUCAAGAGGGCGGCAUUUCGAGGGAUGGCAAGAAGGCUUGAUCACAUUCUCUCCCACCUACAAGUACCUCCCGAACUCCGAUCAGUACUACUGGUGCUUCGAGGGCGCGCGGGGCGAGAAGAAGCGUGUACCGGCAUGGUGUGAUCGCAUUCUGUGGCGUGGAAGGGGCCUGAAGCAAGUCCACUAUGAGACGUGCAGCUACAGAUUGUCCGACCACCGGCCGGUGAGAGCGAUUUUCCAUGCCGAAUGUCAUAUCAGUGGGGAUGCAGAACUAGUCUGACAAAUAAAAAAUCGAACGGUCAAUAUCAUAGAACGCGAAAAUCAAUAUGAAAUUGUUUUUGUUUCACGAGUGAAUUCAAAUUUUCCGAAUCGUGAACGUUGAUUAGUGACUGGGCUGUGCAACUGUAACUUCACAAGCGUGUUAGUUGGGCAGAGCAGUGUGGUACAGGAAUCCAUAUUCCAAGAAGAGGUGCACAUAUAUAUUUUAA